UGAAAUGGAGCCCAUAAUUCAUUAAGUAGCCCACCUUCAAUUAAUUCAUCACACACUAAAUCAACACAACUUCAUUCAUUCAUUCACAUUGCAUUCAAUUCAAUUCCACACUCUCUUAUCUGAAUUUUCUGAAUCAUCUAUUCUGUUCUUACUGUCAACUUCACUUUCCAAUUUUCAUUUUUAUUAUUAUUAUUAUUAUUAUUAUUAUUUCAACAAACAACAAAACACUGAAAGAAGAAAAAAGCACUUUUUUUAAAACAGAUUUUUCAUUCUUGGAUCUGACACUGCUUAUUGAGUUUAAGAUCCAAUGGCGGUUUCUUCUAGAGGAAGCAGAGGUGGAUCUACCCUCCGUGGCUUCUUCUCUUACCGGAUCUUCAUCUCUGCUAUGUUCUCUCUUCUUUUCAUUGCCACUCUUUCAGUUCUCUUCACCACAAAUCCAUCCACAGAAAACGAUAUCUCUGAUCUUCCUACUACUGGUAAUGCUUAUGUUCAGAGAACAUUUUUAGCAUUGAAAUCUGAUCCACUUAGGACAAGAGUGGAUUUGAUACAUCAACAAGCUAAAGAUCAUAUAUCAUUAGUGAAUGCAUAUGCUGCUUAUGCUAGGAAGCUUAAGCUUGAUAUUUCUAGGCAAUUGAAGAUGUUUGAUGAAUUGGCUGGUAAUUUUUCGGAUAUUGCUUUGAAGCCGACGUACCGAGCGUCGUUGUUUGAGUCGGAUGGUCUGCUUGAUGAGGAUGUGUUGAGGCAGUUUGAGAAGGAGGUUAAGGAUAGAGUGAAGAUUGCGAGGAUGAUGAUUGUUGAGGCGAAAGAGAAUUAUGAUACUCAGUUAAAGAUUCAGAAGUUGAAGGAUACUAUAUUUGCUGUUAAUGAGUCACUUGCUAAGGCAAAGAAGAAUGGGGCGUUGGCGAGCUUGAUUUCUGCGAAAUCGGUUCCCAAGAGUUUGCAUUGUUUGGCUAUGAGGUUGAUGGGUGAGAAGAUUUCGAAUCCGGAGAAAUAUAGGGAUGAAAAUCCUAGGCCGGAGUUUGAAGAUCCGAGUUUGUAUCAUUAUGCGAUAUUCUCAGACAACGUGAUAGCUGUUUCGGUGGUGGUGAGAUCUGUGGUGAAGAAUGCAGCAGAGCCAUGGAAACAUGUUUUUCAUGUAGUUACGAACAGGAUGAAUGUUGCUGCAAUGAAAGUAUGGUUUAAAAUGAGGCCAGUUGAAGGGGGUGCGUUUUUAGAGAUAAAGUCGGUAGAAGAAUUUGCAUUCUUAAAUUCAUCGUAUGUACCGGUUUUGAGGCAAGUUGAGUCGGCAAAAAUGCAGCAGCAUUACAUUGAGAAUCAAGCCGAGAAGACCCCAAACGAUGCACAGGACUUGAAACUUAGAAAUGCUAAGUACCUGUCCAUGUUGGAUUACCUUCAGUUUUAUUUGCCGGAGAUGUACCCUAAAUUGCGUAAUAUCUUACUUUUAGACGACGAUGUUGUGGUGCAAAAAGACUUGACGGGUUUGUGGAAGAUUGAUUUGGAUGAUAAGGUGAAUGGCGCUGUUGAGAUCUGUUUUGGUUCUUUCCACCGAUAUUCUCAAUACUUGAAUUUCUCUCAUCCUUUAAUCAAGGAGAGCUUCAAUCCAAAAGCAUGUUCUUGGACUUAUGGUAUGAAUAUAUUUGAUCUUGAUGCUUGGAGGCGUCAAAAAUGCACAGAACGUUAUCAUUACUGGCAGAACAAGAACGAAGACCAGACUUUAUGGAAAUCGGGGACGCUUGCACCUGGUUUGAUUACCUUUUACUCUACAACAAAGUCACUGGACAAAUCAUGGCAUGUUCUUGGGUUAGGAUACAAUCCAAGUAUUAGCAUGGAUGAGAUCAACAAUGCUGCAGUCAUUCAUUACAACGGAAACAUGAAACCUUGGCUUGAUAUUGCUUUGAAUCAAUACAAAAAUCUGUGGACCAAAUAUGUUGACAGUGACAUGGAGUUUGUUCAGAUGUGUAAUUUUGGCUUAUAGUUGAGAGAUUAACACAAUCUAUAUUAUAGUCAUAAUUGUGAGACAAAGUGUCCACUUGUGGCUACCAUAUUCUUACAGUAUUGAGAGAAUCUCAUGUUUAAAUCUUGCUUGUCGCACAGGAAAGUACUGCAUUGUUAUCAAGUAUGGUCUAUGCUGGGAAUGCUGCAUUGUUGAUAAUUUUCAGAUGUUAGGCAAUAAUUUUUAUGAGCUGAAUUUGGAAAUGUACACGAAAUAGCUUUUGUUUAUUUUUUUCUUUCUUAUUCUAUAGUUUGAAGCAUAUUUAUCAUUUAUUCAUUUGCUAAUGUUAUUGUCAUGACUUUAAUUAAUGAAUAAUGAGAAGGUAUUACUGUUUAUUUAUA